AUGCCGGAGGACAAGCACGCGACCACAACAGAAACUCGGGCAGAAGAGCCUAUAGUCCAACCAGCGAUUGAACAAGUCCCAGAACCUUACGAGGAUGCCCAAGGAGUGGAUCUAGAAAAGGGCAACCAGAAGGAUCCCAAUCUGAAUCUUGUACACAUCCAAAGCCAUGCCUCCGCACACGACAUACCCCACAUACCUUACCAUGAGUCCGGAGAUGAAAUCUACGACAAGUUCACGCAUACCAAGAAGAUAUGUGUAGUAUCAGUCCUAGCUUUCUGCUCCUUCCUGGCUCCCAUGGCAUCAACGACGGUACUGGCUGCUGUGCCUGAAGUCGCGGCAACAUACAACACUACUGGUACACUCAUCAAUGCCAGCAAUGCGUUAUACAUGCUCUUCAUGGGCUUGAGUCCUAUGUUCUGGGGCCCCAUUGGUCAGGUUUAUGGAAGAAGAUGGACUCAAUUGCUGAGCGCUAUUUUCUUUGCUGGCUUCUCUAUUGGCACUGCGUUGGCUCCCAACUUGGCUUCAUUCUUCAUCUUCCGCAUCUUGACUGCCUUCCAAGGCACUUCCUUCCUCAUCAUCGGCAGUUCUUGUAUUGGCGAUAUCUACCGUCCGACAGAGCGUGCAACUGCAUUGAGUUGGUUCUUCUCUGGAACACUAAUUGGACCUGCUUUGGGACCACUAUUGGGUGGUAUCAUCGUCACUUACAAGAGCUGGAGAGACAUAUUCUGGCUGCAAACCGGCCUGGCUGUCUUCGCUACAGUACUAUGCUGCUUCUUUCUCCCGGAAACGAUUCACUACAAGAAGUCUGUCGAGCUCGAAGGUCUGAAGAAGAGUGAGCAAGCCAAAAAGCUUUGGUCAUGGACCAACCCUCUGCGCGUCAUCAGGCUCUACCGAUACCCCAAUUUGCUAUUCGUGGGACUGGCGUCAAGCAGUCUUGUGUUCAACAUGUACAGUCUCCUGACCCCAAUUCGAUAUGUGAUCAACCCCCGCUUCCAUCUUACUUCACCGAUCCAGUCUGGACUCUUCUACAUUGCUCCCGGAUGUGGUUAUCUGUUUGGAACAUUCUUUGGAGGCCGUUGGGCAGACCGAACCGUACGGAAAUGGAUUGACAAGCGCAAUGGAGAACGUGUACCUGAAGAUCGAUUGCGAUCUUGCCUCGUCUUCAUGGGUGCCGUCAUUCCUGGAUGUAUGUUGAUCUACGGAUGGUCGAUCGAGAAAGACAAGGGUGGUAUCCCUCUACCAGUCAUUGUCAUGUUCAUUCAGGGCGUGGCACAACUCUUCUGUUUCCCCUCGCUCAACACCUACUGCUUGGACGUGAUGCAGAAGCGAUCUUCAGAAGUAGUUGCUGGCAACUACAUGUUGCGCUAUAUCUUUGCUGCUACUGGAACGGCAGCCUGUUUACCAGCUGUUGAAGCGAUCGGAGUCGGAUGGUUCAGUACGAUCAGUGCAGGAUUCUUGUGCACUUCCGCAGUUCUGACUUGGACGGUCACGAUCUGGGGACGUGGAUGGAGAGAAGACAUACUUCGCAAAAAAGAAGAGAAGCAGACUCGAAAGCAGGAGAAGAGAGGCAGUGCAUAA